GCCCCCGCCCCGCCAAGUCCCGUCGACUGCAGGUCGAACAUCAUACCGACUCCGAUUCCCUCCCGCUAUCCAGCUACCCCAGCCCAGAGUCGCGCCAACACCAUGACCUCCCGGCUGGUGCUCUGCCUCGGCGACCUCUUCGUUCCCGACAGGGCUGCUGACAUUCCCGCAAAGUUCAAAAAACUCCUUGCGCCUGGCAAGAUUGGCCAGGUUCUCUGCCUCGGCAACCUCACCGACAAGGAAACAUAUGAUUUCCUCCGUGGCAUUGCGCCCGAUCUGCAGAUUGUUAAGGGCGACUUUGACGUUGAGGCGCCUAACCUCGCCCUGUCCAAAGUCGUCAAUCAUGGCUCCUUGCGCAUUGGCUUCACCCAUGGUCAUACCAUAGUACCGCCUGGCGACCCGGACAGCUUGUUGAUUGCCGCACGGCAGAUGGACGUGGAUGUCCUGCUUUGGGGCGGUACCCACCGAUUCGAGGCCUACGAGAUGGAGGGCAAGUUCUUUGUGAACCCAGGCAGUGUAACCGGCGCCAUGACGACCGGUUGGUGGCCGGAGGAAGAGGAUCCGACGCCCAGCUUCGUUUUGAUGGACGUCCAAGGUGAUGUUUUGGUGCUCUAUGUAUACCAACUACGGAAGGACGCCGAAGGAGUAGAGAACGUGGGCGUGGAAAAGGUUUCAUUCCGCAAAAAUGGAGGAGGUCUGGCCUAAGCAGUCUAUAUGUGUAGCUGAACGCUACAAGCUUUAAUGACCUCAUGUCUACAGAAUACCCCAUCUACCUGUAGCGAAUAUUUGUAACUCGGACAAUGAUUCAAAGUUCUUAGACCAGCGCAUUUUCAUCACCUUAUAAAUUAUAUUACUAGUAAGACAAAUAAGUAGUACUAUAUCUUUGUUAAAUAGCCGGGACUCUCCGGUAUUAUAUAAAA